GAUCUGGCGAGUGAGUUCCAAGCCGACUUUUUUGAUGCAGUUAAGGUUUUGGAAGAUUUUUCGUCUUCGGACAGCGUUCUUAAGGAUGCUAUGGCGGACAUUCGGCAGCGCAUCACAGCGAAGAUGUACGUUUGCGCGCCCAAUUUUUGGGGCGACCUGCGCAGUACCCUGAAGGCAAUCGAGGAGCAAAGAAACGAGCGGACCUCCAAAUCCAAAGCUCAGCAGGUGCUGAAGCACGUUGCUCGGUUGGAAGUGAAGUUCUGGGCCAAGGCAAGCGUUGCGAUGCUAAAGGAGCUUGACCCAGAAUCCCGAAUAGAAAGGAUAGUUGAUUGGUUGCAAACCUUUGGCUUAGAAGAGGAGGAAGACAGCUCCUCAGGGCCUGCAGUCUUGUACCAGGUGCUGAGUGAUGUGACCCUGCAGAAGGACUUUGACGUUCCUCAGAGAGAGGCUUUGUCCAUUGCGGUGAGGGAGAACCUUCAAAAGUUUCCAGUGGAGAUGCAGGCUGUUCUCGAGCGCGUCGGAAGUGUCACUGGUGGACCGCCAGUCCCUGUGUCAGACUGGAGAAGAAGGCACAAUCAAACCACGCAGCUGGAGUCGCCAACUCUUGGCCCAGGAGCAGCGCUUCUCUUUGGUGUCGGGCCUGAGCUGACCAAUGAGCACGCGCAAACAAGUGUCCCGAACGUGAUUGAGCUCACGGAGCCCGAUGGACCAGAUUCGGUGGCAGAGGUCCAGGAUUUGACGGCGGAGGAGGAGGCUGCUAACACGGAAAUCCGCCUUGCACUUUGGCGGGAAUUGGCUGAACAGGAAAAGAAGGCAUCUGCAGAAGAGUCUCCGGCAGAUGAGUCCACCGUGAUGCCGUAUUCUGCUGAUCCGUUUGCCGACCUCCUCGCCACGAUCAUGAUCUGGCUGCAGCAGGCUGGAGGCACCCUGGAGCGGGAAGCUGUCCUUCCGUUAAUCAGGGCAAUGGGAUUCCGUGUCCGUGCAGUCAUCCAAGGGCUGUCGCAAGACGUUUUUUGGUCUCACCCAGAAGCGGAGUGCGAGAUCCUGCUGCGCACUGCAGCUGGAACCAGCCUGCACCCAAAGCCCCUGCCUGCAAACUACUUGCAUGAGGCAGUGAGGCGAAACCUCGUUCUGCAAGUCCGCCAAAUGGGCUCCAAAGCCAAAUACGACAAGCUCGCUGGUCUUCUAGGGUGGAACGCCAAGUCCGAGCUCAGACGGACGUAUGGUGCCCUUAGGAUCGUUCUUGCUGGCUUGCCAGAGAUCUUCUACGACUCUCAGAAGCUCUACCUGAAACAGGUGCUGGAAGGUGUAGUGGACUGGCCGGUUGGCAAAGACGGCCGAAUGGGACCCAACACUAUCAAGGAGACGGUGCAGCAUUGGACCAGGGCCUGCGAUGACCUGAAGGGUGCUGGAGAUGUUGACUGGUUCAAUGCCAAGCGACAGCUGCUUGGGGUUGUGAUGAACCAAGGAGGACAUUGUGACGUGCAGGUUGCCAGGUGGCUGCUGCAGCCAGCUGGCGACAAGGUCACACUGGAAAAGGUCUUUGAAGCUGGCUCGCAGUACGAUCUUACAAAGGUACUGUUUUGGGAGCCCCGGCGCGCCUUCAGACGCCGUCAGCCAAUGGCAGCACCAGAAACUUGCAAGGCUUCUCCGGAGCUUUGCCAAGCUCUCCGGCAGGCAGUGGACACUGCAGGGGUGGCCACAAUCGACGAGCUCAAGGCGGCCGUCGCGUCAAGCCCAUCUUUGAUUAAGGCCGACGAGCACGAGAUCGUCUCUGCAUUGCAAGAGAUCACGGAGGUGUUCUUCAUGCCAGAACAUGUCUUCCUGAGACAUGUCGCCAAUGGCAUCAUCCUACAGAGUUGUCGGGUGGAGGAUGUUGCGGACAACAUAGACGAAGACGAGGAGAUGAUGAGGGAGGGUUUGGCUGAGGUUGCAGCGGCAGCUGCUGCCAUUAAAGAGCCCGAAGAAGAUCCGUUGCAGAUCAAGGCUCCGAACAAAAAAGCCGGUGCAGCUGUCAGCCAGGUGCAGAGUGCUGGUAUGGAUCUUGGCUUCUUCAACUUCACGGGUUUCGAGACAACCAAGGCGGAGCCAGACCCCGCACCCCCAGCAGCAAAGAAGCCCAAAUUGGUGCCCGCAUGGCUCACAGAAGGCGCUGCAGUCCAGGUGCGUGGUGCCCAGGCAGGGACCAUCCUUGAGGUCAAAGGGGACCUUUGCAGGGUGCGCACGUUGCGUUUGGAAGGAGAUGUUGUGAGAGAAGCGGAAGAGAUGCUGCCCUUACCUGCCUUGAUUCCGGUUGCUCCGGAAGUCGGGAGGAGUGUCAAGGUUGUUGCUGGAGAUCGUACGGGCAUCAUAGGCAAGCUUGUUGGCCUCGCCGGUGCGGAAGCUGUCCUACAAAUUGCUGGGAUGUGCUAUGAGACCUUGCCAAUGACACAGAUUGCUGUCGUUUCCGACUGA